AUGAGCACAGAUGCGGAAAUGGAGCAAUAUGGCCCGGCGGCCAUCUACCUCCGGAAAACAGAGAGAGAGAGGAUUGAGGCACAAACCACACCUUUUGAUGCCAAAACAGCCUACUUUGUGGCUGAUGCUGAUGAGAUGUACCUCAAGGGUAAACUUGUGAAGAAAGAGGGUGGCAAAGCCACAGUUGAGACAGAUACAGGAAAGACUGUCACUGUAAAAGAGGAUGACAUCCAUCAAAGGAACCCUCCAAAGUUUGACAAAAUUGAGGACAUGGCCAUGAUGACCCACCUCAAUGAGCCUUGCGUGUUGUAUAACCUCAAAGAUCGUUAUGCAUCAUGGAUGAUCUAUACCUACUCUGGGUUGUUCUGUGUUGUUGUGAAUCCCUACAAGUGGCUUCCGGUAUAUGAUGCUGUCGUUGUGGGUGCAUACAGAGGCAAGAAGAGGAUUGAGGCACCACCCCACAUCUUCUCCAUCUCUGACAAUGCCUAUCAGUCCAUGCUCACUGAUCGUGAGAACCAGUCUAUCCUGAUUACGUGA